AUGGGCUUGGGGCAGCAGCCAACCAAGGAGUUGGAAAUGAAGUGCUUUGCCUGCCCUAACCAGACUCUGGGCAGCAUCUCCUCGCAGCCCCAGAACAUGGCCAUCUUGGAGCUGGUGCUCCUAGCGGCGGUGCCCACCUUCUUUCUGGUCGUGUUUGUCUGGGCCGUCUUUGAGCACUUCCUCACUGCAGAUGUCCCUUCCACCAUCCACCAUCCUGCCAAGUUCAGGUUUCUGCACUGCAUAUUCCUUUACGUGAUUGCUUUGAUCCACUUUGCACAGUUGCCCCAAACUGGCUGCUGCUUUGGCAAGAGGUUUUGGGAGGAAAAGUCUGAGAACCUAAGCCCCUAUCUGGAUGAACCCAGAAACCACUGCUUCCCGGGGACUGUAUUUGAGAAGCUGGGAAUUUGCUCCAUGCCCAAAUUUUUCCGUUUUCUCCAUGAUAUAACGACAAUAAAGAAGGACCUUCACGUGGCGGUGACCAACCUGCGUUUUGGGACGAUCCCCGUGAGGCUGUUCCAGCCCAAGGCAGCGUCCUCCAGCCCCCGGCGAGGCAUCAUCUUCUACCAUGGAGGGGGUGGAGUAUUUGGAAGCCUGGAUUGUUAUCACAACGUGUGCAGUUUUCUGGCUCAGGAGACUGACUCUGUGCUGCUGUCUGUUGGGUACCGCAUGCUUCCUGACCACCACUCCCCUAGCAUUUCCCGAGACUGCCUGAACGCCUCUAUUCACUUCCUGAAGGGCCUGGAAGCCUAUGAGGUGGACCCGUCCCGGGUUGUCGCCUGUGGAGACAGUGCUGGAGGAUGGGUGGCUGCCAUGAUCACCCAGACCUUGGUGGGCAGAUCAGAUCUUCCCCGAAUCCGGGCUCAGGUCAUGAUCUAUCCGAUCGUCCAGGCGGUCAAUCUGCAGUUGCCGUCUUAUCAGCAGAACCAAAAUGUCCCAUUUUUCUCCCAGAAGCUCAUCCUGACAUGUCUGUGUAACUAUCUGGCCAUUGACGAAUCCUGGAAGGAAGCCAUCCUGAAUGGCGCUUAUAUACCCCCGGAUGCCUGGAGGAAGUACAGGAAGUGGGUCAGCUCUGACAACAUCCCCAAGAAAUUCAAGAACAGAGGCCACCAACCCAGGUCUCCCAGUCCUUUUAAUGAGGCUGCCUAUCUGGAAACCAAACAUAUUUUGGAUGUAGAAAAUUCACCCCUCUUAGCGGACGAUGAGACCAUCGCUCGGCUUCCUGAGGCCUUCCUGGUGAGCUGUGAGAAUGACAUCCUCCGUGAUGACACCUUGCUCUAUAAGAAACGCUUGGAGGACCAGGGGGUGCCUGUGACAUGGUACCAUGUGGACGAUGGCUUUCACGGAUGCUUGAACUUAUUUGAUAAUAAGACUUUCUCUUUCCCUUGCUCCCUGAAAAUUGUGAACGCUCUGGUCAGUUAUAUAAAGGGCAUAUGAUAGUGAACUUGGGGAUCUGAGUAGGUGUGACAGGUA